UGAGUAUGGUUGCCCCAAAUCGAAGGGAAGGAAGAACCAAAACCCUAAUCUAGAUUACCAUUUUUGUUGUGGUGGUACAACCCCAUCAAUUAUUCUGAUGUAGUACAAACUAUGUUCGGUCCACGGUUUCGCUGAUUUUUUUUUUAAUUUUAUAAAAACCCACCAUCAGCUGUUGAUUAUCCGAUGGUCGUCUCUUCGUCACCAGCGAUUUGAAAAUUGGGAAGCGGAGGUGGGUUUGUGUAGGUCAAUCCUCUUCAUGCUUUUACUCUUUCAACUCUUCUCUCGACAACCCACCUCAAAAAUCGUGAGGAGGAAUUCGAGCAACGAUCUUUGAUUUUGCAUACAAGAUAUAGAAACCCUCGGAAUUCGCGAUUUCCUCGCGGAAAAUAAGCUCAGACUCCAAAUAUAUGACAUUGUAGCACAGAGAGCGCUUUAACUAUUGUCGCCAGCCCUAAAUACAGCUGAAUAACUUUUCUGGCUGUGAUCUUGUUCUUCCAUUGGAGACUUAGAACACCUUGCUUUCCUUGAUCAUAUAAUGAAUCAGUGAUUUGAUAGUAAUUAAAGUACAAAUGGGUUUAAGAGUGAAGCUGGCCAUUCUGCCCUUUCUUCUCUCUAUAAUAGUAAUUUUCAGUCACAGCAUUACUGCUGAACAAGAGAACGAAUUUUUGCAAAGAGUAAGAGCUGCUCCACAAAGAAAUGCAGGGAAUGUUGUGAUUGAUGGCUCUGGUAGAGAGCACAUUUUUCUUUCGGAUAAGAAUGAUAAUGGAAUGGACCAGUGGCAGGUUGGGAGUAAUAGAGUUUCAUUGUCGACAGUUGCAAUUUCCACUCUUGCAAUGGCUGCAGCAACUGGUUUAGGUGCCGUGCCAUUCUUUUUUGUGGAGCUUGAUGCACAGUGGGCUGGAAUAUGUAACGGAAUGGCUGCAGGGGUGAUGCUGGCUGCCAGCUUUGACCUUAUACAGGAAGGACAAGGCCACGGGAGCAGCAGUUGGGUUGUGUUUGGUAUCCUUGCCGGUGGGAUUUUCAUAUGGCUUUGCAAGAAGUUUCUUGAUCAAUACGGCGAAGUAAGCAUGCUGGACAUAAAGGGAGCAGAGGCUGCCAAAGCCAUUCUUGUAGUUGGGAUAAUGACUCUUCAUUCUUUUGGGGAGGGAUCUGGCGUUGGAGUUUCAUUUGCUGGCCCCAAAGGUUUAUCUCAGGGAUUAUUGGUGACUUUGGCCAUAGCUGUCCAUAAUAUCCCCGAGGGCUUGGCUGUUAGCAUGGUCCUUGCAUCAAGAGGUGUAUCUCCACAGAAUGCCAUGUUAUGGAGUGUUAUUACAUCUCUUCCGCAGCCUAUUGUGGCGGUUCCUUCAUUUAUAUGUGCUGAUACAUUCAACAAGUUCCUGCCAUUUGCUACGGGAUUUGCUGCAGGGUGUAUGAUUUGGAUGGUCGUUGCCGAAGUCCUUCCAGAUGCUUUCAAGGAAGCUUCCCCAUCUCAUGUUGCAUCUGCAGCUACCCUUUCGGUGGCCUUCAUGGAAGCUCUCGGUACCAUUUUCGAGCAUUUCAGUCACAACUACAACCCAGAGGACACAUCCGGAUUCCUUGUUUCCCUACUAUUCGGCCUAGGUCCAUUACUCGGCGGGAUUUCCCUCGUUGCAUUUGCCCUAACUUUCCGUCUCCAACAUGCCCUCCUCACCGGCAUAGCUUCCGGCAUCGCCUUUGUGCUCAGCGCCUGGCGACCUCUCCAACUUCUACUCUCAUCCAAAAUGGGGCUUUUCCCGCUCGUCUUCCUCCUCGCCCUCGGAUGCAUCAUUAUCCACCUCGCCAUAUCCACGGCCACACAGCUCGGGUCCCGCAAGAGAACUUCAGCACAGGCAAUAUCGGCUGUCACGGGGCUUUCAGUAAGCGCGCUCACUCUCCAAUCUGUCCUUUCCUGUCUAGCCAUUGCCCUCCACGCCCUAGCCGAGGGGCUUGCACUGGGUGUAGCUGCUCCAAAAGCGUAUGGGCUAGGGAGGCACAUGGUUCUGCCGGUCUCUCUCCACGGAUUCCCGCGGGGCGCAGCUGUGGCUAGCUGCAUUUUCGGGGCCACCGACAGCUGGCACGGGUCCCUCCUGUCUGCGGCGAUGAUCGGGUUUGUGGGUCCAUUGUCUGCCAUAGGAGCUAUUCUUGUUGGGAUUGAUUACAGCGGAUUGGACCACCUGAUGGUCUUUGCUUGCGGAGGGCUUUUGCCGUGUUUCUGGAGCAUUGCGAAUCGAGCGGUCAAGCUGGAUAAAAAGAAGAGUGUGGUCGGGCUUGUUGUCGGUGUAGGCUUUGCCACGGUGUGUUUAACAUGCACAAAGCUUGUGUGCUUGCACACGCCGUAUUGCAACUCUGCACCAGAGGCUGUUCGAUGAUCGGUUUUAUGUGGAUGAUGUUCAAGUCUAGAGAGAUAUAUAAAUGCUAUUAUUCUGUAAACAAAAAUUGAAUCUUUGGUGUAUUAUUAGGCUUGGAGCAUCCUCUUUUCCAUGUGAAUGAAUGCUUAAAAUUUCUAAGCUCCAAAGCUAUUAUAGGAUUGUAAAGUUUUUGGAGGGGGGUUUUGGAUGACUGAAAUUAUUAUGUGUAUAUGAUUAUUUUA